AUGGCUAAACGUGUUGCUGUGAUUGGAGGAGGAACUUCUGGGCUUGCCUGUAUCAAAUGCUGCCUGGAUGAAGGUCUGGAGCCAGUGUGUUUUGAGACUAGUGAUGACAUUGGAGGACUAUGGAGGUUUAAGGAAAACCCAGAUCCAGAUCGUGCUAGCAUUUACCACUCUUUGAUUAUCAACACUUCAAAGGAGAUGAUGUGUUUCAGUGACUUCCCGAUCCCUGCCCACUUCCCAAACUACAUGCACAACUCCCUCAUCAUGGACUACUUCCGCAUGUACGCUGACCACUUCCAGCUCAAACGGCACAUCCGCUUCCAGACAAAAGUUCUUCAUGUUACACCAAGGCCAGACUUCUCUCACUCUGGACAGUGGGAUGUAGAAACGGAGUCCAAAGAUGGUCAUAGAGAGAAGCAGGUGUUUGAUGCUGUGAUGGUUUGCACUGGACACCACUGUCACCCUCAUCUCCCUCUGCAGGACUUUCCAGGAAUAAACACGUUUAAGGGAAAAUUCUUCCACAGUCGUGACUACAAAAACCCUGAAGAAUGGCGAGGGAAGAGGGUUGUUGUGAUUGGUAUUGGGAACUCUGGAGGAGAUAUUGCUGUGGAGCUGAGCAGAAUGGCCAAACAGGUUUAUCUGAGCACACGAAGGGGAUCUUGGAUACUAAAUCGUGUAGGAGACAAAGGUGUUCCAUCAGAUAUGUUGUUUAAUAACAGAAUGAGUAAUUGGCUUAUUCAAAUGUUGCCUGUUGGAUUUAUCAACAAUUUUGGAGAGAAACAACUCAAUAAACGGUUCAACCACAAGCUCUAUGGGCUGCAGCCUGCGCACAGAAUUUUCAGCCAACAUCCCAUGGUCAAUGAUGACUUGCCAAACCGCAUCCUCUCCGGUACCGUCUCAGUCAAGCCGAACAUACAAGAGUUUCGUGGGUCAAGUGUGGUGUUUGAGGAUGGCACUGUUGAAGAUGACAUUGAUCUGGUGGUGUUUGCCACAGGCUACACUUUCUCAUUCCCCUUCCUGUCAUCCCAUGUAAUUCCUGUCUCCAAGAACAAAGUAUCCCUGUACAAAUACAUAUAUCCCCCAGGACUGGAGCGGCCAACUUUAGCCGUGAUUGGUCUGAUCCAGCCUCUGGGAGCCAUUAUGCCCAUCUCUGAGAUGCAGGCGCGCUGGGCCACUCGUGUUUUUAAAGGUCUGUGCAAACUGCCUCCAAUGACUGGAAUGAUUAAGGACAUUAAAGCAAAAGAGGAAGCAAUGGCUCGAAGGUAUGUGGCCGCCCAGAGACACACCAUCCAGGUGGACUACAUCCCCUACAUGGAUGAGUUGGCUAAAGAAGUGAGUGUCCGUCCUUCUAUCCUGAAGUUGCUGCUGACAGACCCUAGACUGGCUCUGAACGUCAUCUUUGGGCCCUGCACCCCAUACCAGUUUCGUCUUCACGGACCGGGACGAUGGGACGGUGCUCGUCAGGCCAUCCUGUCUCAGUGGGAUCGAGUCAACAAGCCCCUGAGAACACGCUGCACACCAGAGCCGCAGUCUCAGCGCUCCUCUCUUUCACUGAUAUUCUCGGUGUCUGUUGCAGUGCUGGUGUCUGCUCUGUAUUACAGCAGAGCCAGUCUGCACACACUCAUAGCAGACCCUUCAUCACUCCUGGACAAGAUCAGGGCUUUUAUACCAUGGCCACUGACCAGACAGUGAUCAUGCUAAAGGAGUCAAAAGACAUCUGAAGAAAUGUCUUUCCGUUGUGGUAAACCAUUGUCAACAUCAUGAAAAUGUCUAAAUUGGCAAUGCAUAUGCUUGAUAUUUAUCAGCAAGUGCCUUAUCAUUUAUAACAGUUUGUGUAUAAUGAGCAUUUAAUUUGAUUGUGAAAUAGCUGAUUAUAUUUGCCUGUAAUGUGUAUGUAAUCAUUAUAAUAUAAUUGUGUGGUUUUAAUUCACUAGCAACAAACUGAUGCUCGUUGUGUUAAAACUAGAAUCAUGCACCACUUUCAACUUAAGCAGUUGUUAGCGAGUCUUUUUAGCAAGUUAAUUUUCUCUAAAUAUAUAUGUACUCAUAGAUAAAUAUCAAUGAAAUGAAAGGCAACUUGUUUUAAAUAGUGCACUUAUGCCAAAUUUAAAGUUUUAAUAGUCUUUUGUUGUGUUUCAAAAAAGUUAUCUUAUUUUAAUGUUAUGUUUAUUGUGUGUUUACUGCUCUUAUCAGUACACUGUUGAGAUGUUAUUGCUGCCUGUAUAAAAGUGCACUGUGUGAGGUCCAGUAUGCAGAGCAAUAUGAACUGUUAACACAUUUUAAUAUUAACUAGAAUAAAGAAACUACAAGGGGGCAAUGUGAUAGAAAAAGUAUGAGAUAUUAGGGAAAAAUAUUUCAAUGCAAUUGUCUUCCCUCAAAAACUUUUACAAGUAAAACAUAGAAAUAUAAAUUUUCAUCAUGUAGAGGAGCUCUGUAAUAUGAAAUCAAAACUAAUAAACAAAAACGUAUACAUUUAUGCCAUG